UGUUAUCCGGAAUUCUGAGAAAUUUUUGAAAUUAUCAUUUGUUUUAAAAGGCAGUUUAUUUUAUUUUAAUAUUUUUAAUUAAUUAAAUUUGUCAGUUUUAAUUUUAUUAAUAAAUAAAUAGUGCUUUUUUCGUAAUGUCCGCCAAAACUGUAACAUUGUCAAAGGAAGAGAUUGAGGAAAUCACGACAGCCUUCCAAGCUGUUGAUAUAAAUGGGGAUGGUUCCAUAAAGGCUUCAGAGUUACAAGAAGUUUUGAAUGCAGUUAACAUAAAAUUGCCAGGUUACAAAGUUAGGCAACUUAUCGAAAAACAUGAUACUAUUAUUAGAGAUGAUCAGUUAAAUUUUGAAGAAUUCAAAAAGCUAUAUGCAGAAUUGAAGCAUGAUUUUGAUUUUUCUUCCAAACUUCCUGCGUUGGUUAAAAAGUCUGGCAUAACAACAUUUGGAGGCAUGUCCCAGACAUCAGCUGAAGGGACAACACACACUGUCAGAAAUGAAGAACAAGUUGCAUUUGCCAAUUGGAUCAAUAAGAAUUUUGGAGAAGAUCCUGAAUGUAAAAAGUACCUACCAAUUAAUCCAGAUAAUAAUGAGUUGUUUACAAAGUGUAAUGAUGGUGUCCUUUAUUGCAAACUUGUGAACAAUUCCCAACCGGGCACAGUUGACGAGCGCACCAUCAACAGAGCUGCCAAGUUGAGCAUCUACCAGAUACACGAGAAUUUAAAUCUGGCUUUGAACUCUGCGUCAUCUAUUGGAUGCAACAUUAUAAACAUUGGCCCAGAUGACCUCUACGCUGGCAAACCUCACUUGGUCCUUGGCCUGCUCUGGCAGAUUAUUAGAUACGGCUUGUUGGCGAACAUUGACCUGCACAACCACCCAGGCCUGGCAGCUCUGCUACUUGAUGGAGAAAGUUUGGAGGACUUCAUGAAGUUGUCUCCUGAGCAGAUCCUCAUCAGAUGGGUCAACUAUCACCUUGCAAGAUCAAACUGUGGUCGACAAAUAGCAAACUUGACGGGCGACAUAAAGGACUCGGUGGCCUACAUUCACCUCCUCCAUCAAAUUGCACCCCCUGAUUCUGGCAUCACCACUCACGCUGAACAUGAACAUGACCUGCACCAGAGAGCAGAACGAAUGUUGCAGGAAGCAGAGAAGAUUCAAUGCAGAGCCUUUGUGUCCCCCGAUGAUGUUGUCAGAGGUAACUACAAAUUAAACUUGGCGUUCGUCGCUAACCUCUUCAACAUGUAUCCUGCACUGGAUCAGGCACCAAACAUCGACCUCAGUGAAAUUCACCCGGAGACCAGGGAAGAAAAAAUGUAUCGCAACUGGAUGAACAGCAUCGGAGUGUCCCCAUACGUCAGCAGGAUAUACAGCGACCUGACGGAUGGCCUCAUCAUCUUCCAACUUUAUGACAUCAUCAAAUCAGGAACUGUCAACUGGAAUAAAGUCAUCAAGAAGUUCAACAAGAUGAAAGCCAUGAUGGAGAAGAUAGAAAAUUGUAAUUACGCCGUGGAGUUGGGCAGGGAGUGCAAGUUCUCUCUGGUGGGCAUUGAUGGGAAAAACAUUUACGACGGCAAUGAGACUCUCACCUUGGCCCUGGUGUGGCAGUUGAUGAAAGCUUACACCUUGAGUAUGCUGACGACACUGGCUGGUACUGGCCAUCCCGUUUUGGAGAGUGAGAUUGUCACGUGGGUCAACAAUAAGUUGCAGGGAGCAGGCAAGUCGAGGAGAAUAACAGGUUUCAACGACCCCACCAUCUCGUCUGGACGUGUCGUCCUUGACCUUGUGGACGCCUGCAAGCCGGGCAGCAUAAAUUACGAUCUCGUCAAACAGGGAGAUAGUGAAGAAGAGAAACUGUCGAACGCGCAGUACGCCAUAUCAGCCGCUCGUAAGAUCGGAGCUCGCGUUUACGCACUUCCUGAAGACAUCGUCGAAGUGAAGUCCAAGAUGGUCCUCACGAUAUUUGCGUGCCUCAUGAUUAGAGAUUACCAACCAGCACAAAAACGUUGAUGUGAUGUGAUGUAACGUGUUGUAACUUGAUGUCAUGUAAUGUAGGUUGAUGUGACGAUUUGCAAAUGAUUUUAUAUUUUUACGUUAUUGUUCUGUGUUGGAUGAUUUCAUUUCAUUGUGCAUCGUGAUUCAUGAUAAAAUAUGCCUCCACUUGAAUCUGUCGCAUAUGUACCAUUCUGAUGCUUCUUUUUAUGUUUAUUCCUACGCUUAAUUUCUUUAAGUUUAACUUUAUUUUGAAAGAUGCAUUUUGCAGAUUUUUUGUAUACAAUGAAGAAGUUUUAACAAAAUUAUAUUGCAUUUUAAUUAUGAUUUUUGACUGUGUUUAUCGUGUUAUAGUGUUUACAUAGAAGAUGCCACUAUUAUUUAGAUAUUAAAUAUCUGGUGUCCAUAUUUCUAAGCAUGCAAAUUAUUUCAACGUAACGUUGCCUAACUUGACAUCUCCAUUCAAUGUGGCCUCUAACAUUUUUGCUCUCAAGUUGGAUAUUAAUUAACCAGUGAUCAUUUUUACAACUUAAGUAGCAUCGUAGUUGAAUUGUAGUUGAUUGCUGGCCCAACUUUACACUGAUUGGUCCGCGUCGAAACCUUGUUUGCUCGUGUUUCAAAACAGUUGAACGUCUCAGUGUUACAUUGUACUACAAAAAUAUGUUUUUGCUAUCAUUCAAGUAAAAGCAUUAAAAAUGUCUCAAAAAUUACUUUUAAUUGAUAUUCAAUUGAUAUGAUGAUGUCUCUUCAUUUUAGCGCCGAUUGAUUUUAUGUGUGAACAUUCCCAACAGUUUUCCCUGAUUAUUUAACGCAACAAUCAAAUUUAUUUUCUUGAUUUUAAUGUUUAUUACUAUGAAUGACGAUAUAAUAUAUUUUAAUUGUAACCCCUUGUGAUAACCAUUUGUUCAUUUUUUUAAUAAAUCAACACAACCUUUUUAAUGGAAAAACGAUAUUAAGUUUUAUUAACUAUUAAAUU